UAGUUUUUUUUCCCGUCACGAUCCAUCACUCAAUUCAGAACUGGUGUGAAUUACAAAGUGUGUCAUUUUGAAAGGAUAAGGAUCAACAUGUGAACUAUUUGCUUUCGAGCACUUUUAGAAAGGGCAAUGAAGUGGGCCUGACUCACAAUAGGCCAGGCAAGCCCCCAACACUCCCCCUUCCUCCUCCUCCUUGUCUAUGCUCCUCUCUCUUUUCCCCUCCUCCUCAUUUUCCCCUUUGGUGCUUGGUGGUGCGACAUCGACAUGAGCGCUUCCUGGGGGUCCCCGCAGUGCUUCUGGCUGCUGGCGCUGGCCGCCGUGGUGGUGCAGACCCUCACCCUGGUGCUCAGCGUGGUCUUCUUCAACAGGGUCCUGCACACGAUGCAGGACAGUUUCUCAGGAGGGAGCACGUCGUGCUUGACCGACGCCAAUCUCGAUUUCCCGUCCAACCAGAUGAAGAGUGACCCCUGUUGGCAAGUCGUGCAACAACUCCGCAACCACAUUGAGAAGGCAAUGGCUGCGAGAUUAGAGAAGGAGAUCACUUCCGGCGUGACAAAUAAGUUGACAAGCGUCGUCCCUUUCCUUCCUGACGGCCACGUCCGUCCCGACGUGGCGGGCCACGUGACUGCCACUUCUUCGUCUUCCUCACCAACACAAGACGGCGCGACGAGGCGCAGAGGUUACCUGGGCGAGCGCGUCACGGCCUGGGAAGGAAGCCGAGGGGAGUCCUUCUUGCGCAACGUGGAGCUGAGAGGAGGAGAGCUGCUGGUGCCUCAGGCCGGCCUCUACUACAUCUACGCGCAGACGUACUUCAGGCUCUCCUCCACUUGGAGCAGGGACCAGGAGGACGACUCCGAUCACGACCCCGAGCACGAUCAGGAGCAGGAAGCAGCCCAGCUCGUCCAGUAUAUUUAUAAAAAGAUGAGCUCGUACACGGUCCCCAUCCUGCUCAUGAAGUCUUCGCGGAGCGCCUGCUGGCCGCGGGGCCGAGAGCCCGGAAUGUUCUCCCUCAACCAGGCUGGCACGGCCUUCCUGCAGCCCGACGACCGCCUCUUUGUCACCGUCAGCAACGCCAGCGCCGUGGAGGCGGAUGGCAGGGCCACCUACUUUGGGACCUUCCUGUUGGGCUAGACUCACACUCUGAACUUCGGGAACCCACAACCUCCAUCUGGGAUUGACUGCUCAAGUCACGCCGCCAGAUAACGAGCCAUUCACGUUUACAGUCAACAGACGCUGUGCUAAAAUGUGCUCAUAAGAGAAUCGGCCGCAAGCACUCCCCCCGCAGGUGGAAAAUGGAACUGCCGCACUGCGUCCAAUCGCAUGACGGCAAGCAGGGCACGAGCUAAUGCUAAUAUAUGCAAACGUGACAGUAGUAUCUUGAUUUACACAUGCCACAACUUUCGAGUUUUUUCAGGAUACAAGCUGUCGCUUGGGCGAUUGCAAAAAAAAAAUUGUUGCGAGUAAAAAUGUUAUUUACCCGUCAGAUUCGGCCAAGGCAACACUAAAUGGCAGCAGUGAAUGUCACAACAUACGGCCUUCAUCAAUUGUAAGCGGGGAAACUUUGGAGGUAGCUUUGCAAGCUAACAAAAGGAUCUAACACAGAAGAUAAAAUGGAUGCCAACACUGGAAAGCUAAAAUUUGAGGCAACACUGAAGCAUGUUGAAGCACUUUAGUUUUUUGAUGAUGAAUAAAUUACAAUCAAUUAUGGGUAACUUUAGUGGAUUGUUUUUCUAUGAUCACAUCAGAAAUGGAGGGUUGUAUUCAUUAAACUGACAUUGAUUGCCAAUU